CCACCAUGUGGCUGUGUGGCAGCUGUUGUUGAAAAGAGCGACUCCAAACUUCCAAAUAUUUAAGGCUAGAAUAUUUUAUAGAUGUCUUAGUUGCAUCGCUUUAUUUAGAGUUACCAUUAAAACCCGCACAUUUUCUAAUCUUAUUUCUUAGUGAAUAAUCUGCAGAUCCAGGCAAUCAUCGCCACUUCCUCUUCCUCCUGAUUGGCUGACUCGUUGUUUGUAUUAUUUUUCAAGUAGAAGCGCCGUUUUAUUUCUCUCUUGGCUUCUGUGAUCUCGAGCUGCAUGUACUCUGGAAAAACUCUGGCUUUCCUUCCUGCGAGUGUGGACUGCCAUGCUCUUAUAUGAUUCCUUCAUCACAUGGUUAGCAUUAUUAAAACUCAUUGCCAUAAUUCUCUGCAGAGCAUGUGAUCGUGCUGAGUAUGAAAUUAGUGGCGAGUGCUGCCCAUUGUGUUCUGCAGGACAACAUGUAUAUAAACACUGCUCAGGAGAUUCCAGCACAACGUGUGUGCAAUGCAGUCAGUCCACAUACAUUGAUUUUCCAAACAAUUUCAUAAGCUGCAUCUCCUGCACUUUGUGUGAUGAAGGUAUUGGAUUAAGAACAAAACAAGAAUGCCAAUCAUCUGCAGACACUCUGUGUGAACCUCUAUUGGGGUAUUAUUGUAUAGAAACACAUGGCAAGAACUGCAGAAAAGCAAGACAGCACUCCACCUGCCUUCCUGGACAAUAUAUCAACAAAACUGACAUUUCUCUUGUUGGAGCCAUGGUUCUUGCCACUCCACUUCGUCCAGCAGCCCUCCAAGGUACAGCUUUUACAGAUACUGUUUGUAAAGACUGCUCGAAAGGUUCAUAUUCAGAUGGCUCUUUCACAGUCUGUAAACCACAUAGAAAGUGUGAAUCUGAGGGACAGAUAACAACCACACCAGGAACAAAGUCGUCCGAUUCUGAAUGUACAGAUAAACGUUCUCAUUUUCUCUCUUUAGUCGCCAUUUCUUUACCUGCGUUAGUAAUGUUAGGGUUGGCAUUAUGGGUGUUGUAUUUAAGCAAAAAAAGAAUACACAGACAAGAAAAUGAAAUUGAUUUACCAUCAACCCCAGCACAGAGUGACAAAGACAAUCAUUUAUGAUCUUUUUUUCCCCCAUAAUUUGUCUUUGAUGUUUGUUCGUUUCACUCAUUUGUAUUCUUCUCUGUCCUG